GCGAUGGCUAAGAUGAGUGGCCGGACCGUCUCGACUUACGAGUCCGCCUCCACCGCCGCCUUCAAGCACGGCCGCACAGAGACGAUCCGGUCUGCCACGCCAGAGUCGCGCGCCUUCACCGACGCCUUCACCGACCCGGCGGCGACGCCGUCGGCGCGCGCCGCGGCGAUGCGCGCCGCGGUGCGCAACCACUCGCGCGUGAGCCGCGACGCGCUCAUCGGCGCCGGGAUGGACCGCCACUUGUGGGUGUUGCAGCGGAUGGCGGCGGAGCGAGGGCUCGCGCCGCCCCUCUUCGAGUCGGAGGCGUACCGCCGCCUCUCGAAGAUUGUCAUCUCCACCUCGACCCUCUCCUCGCCCGCCCUCGCAAACGGCGGUUUCGGGCCUUUCCACCCCGACUGCUUCGCCGUCGGGUACGUGAUCCGUGCCGACGGCUGCGGCGGCCAGAUCAUGACGUACCAGCGCGACUCGACCGGCUUCGCCGACUGCAUGGUCGCCGCGAUGCGCGAGAUGCGGGACGUGCUGCACGUCGACUCUUGACGCAGACAUUGCUCAUUGGCACGCGAGGAUGUUGCUCGUUUGUGGUAUUUAAUAAUAAUAAUAACUGACACCUCUCUACUGUGAGAUCAGGUGUAUUUUAUUUUUGCUUGGGUGGGCCUCAUGAUG